AUGCCGCAAAAUGAUAUGCUGGAGGUUGAAUUGUUUGAUGUCUGGGGAAUAGACUUCAUGGGGCCAUUUCCACCAUCUUUUGGAAAAAAUUACAUCUUGGUAGCAAUUGACUAUGUAUCAAAGUGGGUGGAAGUUGUGGCAUUUCCCACCAAUGACUCUAAAGUGGUUGUGACAUUUCUGAAGAAUAAUAUCUUUUCGAGAUUCGGGGUGCCAAGAGCACUUAUUAGCGAUGAAGGAACUCACUUUUUGAACAAACUGAUGGAGAAUCUACUAAAGAAGUAUAAUGUUAAACACAAGAUCGCCACUCCGAAAGACUGGGCACUAAAAUUAGAAGAUGCACUAUGGGCGUACAUAACGGCUUUCAAAACGCCCAUAGGUAUGUCUCUGUAUCAGUUGGUUUAUGGUAAGGCUUGUCACUUGCCACUAGAGUUGGAGCAUAAAGCAUUUUGGGCAUCCAAAUUCUUGAAUUAUGAUCUGGCUAAAGCGGGUGAGUCCCGAAUCCUGCAGCUCCACGAGUUAGAGGAGUUUCGGAAUCAAGCAUAUGAGAACGCCAAGCUAUACAAAGAAAAGACAAAGAAAUGGCACGAUCAGAAGCUGCAGAGAAAGGAGUUUGUCGAGGGACAACUGGUGCUCUUGUUCAACUCCAGAUUAAAACUUUUUCCAGGAAAGUUGAAAUCCAGGUGGUCGGGUCCGUUUGUGGUUCACAAAGUGUUUCCCCAUGGAGCUAUCGAACUGAAAAAUCCAAAUAAUGGAGAUACAUUCAAGGUGAACGGACAAAGGUUGAAACACUACUAUAAGGGGCAGGAAAAUGGUCUGAUCGAUAAUGUUUAUUCGUAG